AUGGCCCAAAAGCCGAGCCUCAUUUUCGUGCCUGGCGCAUGGCAUACCCCCGAAUGCUGGGGAAAGAUCAUGUCCGCCAUGGAGGCUAACGGCUUCAAGUGUAUUCCCGUCGCACUUCCGACAAACCAAUCAACGAGUACCGAUGUUAAUUACUCGCAUGACGUGAAAGCUGUUGCCGAUGCUAUAGCAGGCGAGACGUCGCAAGGACUUGAUGUCAUUCUGUCAGUGCAUGCCUUUGGUGGGCCGGUGGGACAAAGUGCCAUGAAAGGCUUCACCAACGAAUCUGCCGACACAGGUGCAAAGACUGGUCGUGUGAUUGGGCUUUUCAUGGUUUCAACUGGUUUCGUCCGUGAAGGCGCAUCCUUCCUAGACGCUCUCGGCGGUAGACCCCCGCCAACUUGGGAAACCGACUAUGAGAACAAUAUGAUGACCUUGAAUGUCGACCCAAUCGAGAUAUUCUACCACGACCUUCCCGAAGAAGAGGCCAGAUACUGGGUCGGAAAGCUCACCAAACACGCCUUGACAGCUUCGACGCACGGAUAUGAAGCGACGUACGAAGGAUGGAGGGAUGUGCCUAUCUGGCUCAUCAUGACCAAGAAGGAUAGAGCUUUCCCCUAUGAAGCGCAGAAGAUGCUUGUUCGAGGUGCGGAAAAGCUUGGUGCAAAUUUGACGAAAGUGGAUAUUGAUAGUGUAUUGGUCCCCUGUGCCGUUGUUUUCGACGGUAUGAUUUGGGUGUUCUACAAUGGGCCUGGAAAUAACGGCACCUUCUGGACAUACUCCGUGAAUGGGGUAACUUGGGCUAGCAUCAGUUGUCUCGAUGAUGACAUGGGUUCACCAAUUUCUGAGACAUUCGAACCUGGCACAAGUCCGUCUGCGGCUGUUUAUCAGGACACUUUGUAUGUCGUUUGGAACACGUCUGCAGCUAAUGGUAUUUUGAGGUAUACGUACUGGAGUAAAGCAAGUGGGAAAUUUGUCCCACCAAGCAACGUCAUUGCAGGCGGACUAUCCAUUCGAAGCCAGACAACUCCGGCCAUGAUUGCAUUCAACGGAUUGCUUUAUUUAUUCUCCAACAGUUCUGGUCAGAAUGGUACGUGGAUGACGACCUUUAACGGCAAUGCCUGGACCAAGGUCAGUCCGGUUACCUCUAACAUUGGAGGUAACUUUAUGGAUCGCGCAAGCCCUGCCGUUUUCAUCUCUGACGACCAAAGAGCUUUGACUCUUCUACGGAGCGGGAGCGGCAGCAAUGGUGUUUGGUAUACCACUACUACGAAUGGGAUAACAUGGUCAAAUCAAAAGGGCUUCAACAGCGGCAUAGGCCUUUCCACCAGGAGCAGCCCUUGCAGGAUUGACUACCAGGGGCGACCAUAUAUCUUCUAUGUUGGCGAAUAUGGGAAAUUAGGGAACUUAGAUGGAGUAAUGAUAUAUUCCACCCUUACUGGGCCCAAGUAUUCUUUGGCCAUGGAUGCCUUGCUUAAGGGGAAUGAUUUCGCUUUUGUGGCUCAAGACGAUGCAACUAGCACAAACCCUAGAAGCCAGACAGUCGCGGGCAAUGCAAACUGGGUACCUCUUUGGAACUAUUUCCACAAUGGAAACACCGGUGCUGUCCCCAGGGAUGUCGUCAGCCUAUUAGCUCUUGCUACCCUUGCCUUUAACAUGAAUUUUCUUGUUAACAUCAACACUGAUCUUCAGAUGAGGUGUUCGCCCAGACUUAUCUUUCGUCGGAUACCCCCAAACAAAAACUAA